AUUGUAGACGCGUUCAUAUUGUCCGUGUUGAUUGAACUACGAAGGAGUCACGGAAUAAGUUGGAUGUGCUCUCUUAUUCAAACACAGAAACCAAUCAUUUUCUUUGUAUCUGUAUUUUGGGCAAUCCAUACCCGAAAUGACCAACUGUUGACUUAUGGCAUCAUUUCUUUAGUGUUGCUAAGAUACAUAGCCCUGCAUAGCAAGACAGUUAUAAUGGUAACUGUCGAAAGGGGUAAAUAAGGCAUGAAGAUAGAGUGCCCAUGACAACUUGAUGAGAAUAGACGUCGCACAAAAAAGACAUCAAAAUGAGAUAAGAC